GAAACACUCGACAUUCUCACCAGACACAUGCCGAGCUGAUGACCGCCCUCCGGUUGCUGGGCAGUGUGCAGGCUCUUGGGCGUCGGUCAGCUUUUGCCAGCUUGUCAGCCAAGUUGCCGCGACAUCGUUCGCGACGUGCGGUGAAACCGGCGGAGACUGGAGAGGCAACGCAGCUUGGCUCUCUGCCCGAGUGGCUUUUUGAAGAUCGGCCUGUUUGGGUGGAGGCCUUGCUGCGUUUCUUGGGAGAACCCAACCUUCUUGUGGUGCGCCUUGGAGGUGCAAAGCGCAACCAACAUCUACGGCCUGCGAAAGGGCGGGUACCAGAGUUGCAGGAACUUUCGAUGCCUAGUGAAGAGCUGCGGGGGUGGGCCCGGCAGGAGCUGCAAAAGGUCGGGGGAAGCCGGAGUGCGAAAGUCAGGCAAAGGAUAAAAGUAUUCUGUGAAUCUGACAGAUUGUAGAAACAAUCAGCUUCAGUGUGAGCAGCACCGUCGAUUCCUUUGCACGCGUGCCUAAGAGUUUAGUAUAAGCUUGGUAAACUCAAAUCACUCCAGCUUUUUGUACAGAAACAUCGGAAAAGCUGCAUUGGCGGUUGUUUGCAAAAUUGAGGUGUCCCGAAGAUUCUGCAUUGUCAGCCCCAAAAUGACAGCCUGAGAGUGUUGUGACAAUGUCGAGCACAGUCAAACACAGGCAGCGGAUGAAGGUCGCCAGGCAGGGCCUUGCCCACUUGCCUGACAAGCAGUUUCAGUGCUGUGGUCACUUUAAGAGAGUCACUAUGAAGAGUGACUGUCCCAGCACAUGCAGAAGGGUUUGUUUGACUUUAUGUGUGUUGGAUUAAAUUCAUAUCACUUGGGCAGAGCCACCUUUCUUUUAGCAUCUUUUAGCUAUAUUUGGCAAAUUAUUUUGCAAAGGUCUGGGUGAUCAAAGCACUGUUCAACAGGUAGCUCUUGUCCCUGAAGAUCCUUUUGAUUACACUGACACAUAUGUGAAAGAUGCCUCAAGCCACCCACAGCAACGAUUGGGUGUUGAUGUGCCUACAGCGACGGCAACAUCGGCCAUUGACAGGCUCUUCGUUCCAUGGGCUUUCAUCGUGUGGCGAACCUUCACACCCAGGCCUUUCUACAGCAACUGCAAUCAAUACGACAAGUGCCGAU